AACGUCUUAUAGGAGAAUUGUCAGUCAGCUGUUGAUUUGAUUUUUAGGCUUGUGUCAAAUCGAAAGAUGGAUCAGGCUUGUCAGGUAGCCCGAAAACAAGAUUUGCCCCCUCCGGGGGGCUACAAGCCAAUUCCUUACAAAAGAAUACCUGCAAAAACCUUAUUUAGCGGGUAUACUAUGUUUGCUGGUUACUUUGGUAUAACAGCAUUUGCAAUGUACCUGUACAGCCUCAAUUACAAACAAAUAGUGAGGGAUCAAAUUGAGAUGCGUUCUGCCAAGAUGGCAAUAUACCCAAUGUUGCUGGCUGAAAGAGACAGGGCUUACCUGAAGCAGCUCCGUAAGAACCGUGAUGCAGAGGCGGAGCUCAUGAAGGAUGUGCCUGGAUGGGAGGUGGGUACCUACUACGGUGAGAAGGUAUACAAGCUCCUUCCCCCUGACACUCUGGUUGAGCCCAUCUUCCAUGAGUACUACGCCCACUCUGGAACCUGGGAGUGGUUCCAACGUGCAUACCUCAAGCUGCGCUCUUAAGAAGGUAACGCUGGUUACAGCUUCUGGUGAUCUUAAUUCCUUUUUGUGAAGUUACUUGAUAAAAACAAGUGCAGUUACUGUGAAUUGAUUUGUAGGUUGAUUUCAUUUUAAUAAAACAUAGGAUG